GCAUACCUUUUUCUACUUCGAAUUCGUAUCACUUCCCCACUUCUUCUUUCUACUGCUGUAACUGCUCCUCCUCCUCCUCCUCCUCCUUUUACUUACUACUACCAGCGCCUAUCUGCACUUCCUCCUUUUGUGGCACAAAGACAAUACCAGCCAGAGAAAACAGCCCUCUCCUUGGUACCUAUCGAAAGAGAUCAUCCCUCUCUUCACACUUUCCCCACAAAUACCACACUCCCUCUUUUGUUCUCUUGUAAAUUAUUGUUUUAUACCCCAUCCUCGCAGCCAUGACCAGGCGAAGCCAAGACCACAGCGGCGCUGCACCCUCUGCGGAUCAAGAACACACCUCCGUUGUCAGGACGUAUUACGAAGACGACCAUGAUGAUAAUGAUGGUCUCACAAGGGAAUCUCAAGGCUCAGAAAACACACCCCUGAUCAACACCACCAACGGAACCAGGGCAGGACUAAUCCAACACCGAGCCCGAAACAUCAGUGACCACAGUCUACACACGCUUCAGCAAAAAUCGAUUCACAGAGGAGCGCAGCAACAAAGGCGGCACAGUGAAGAGCCAUUGAAGCUGACAUGGACAGAAUGGGCGAUCGAAAACGGACUUCACCCGAGCACCUGGACGAAACAUACGUAUUUCCGGGCUUCUCUUCUCUUGAUCUUCUUGACUCUGGUCAUCUUGGCAUUCACAGUCUUCAGGGUACAGGAUCAUAUCAAGGAUAUCUUAAAAUACAUCGACGACCAUAAGAACAUAGGGGCUAUAUUGUUCGUGACCUUUUAUACGGUCGCAUGCUGGCUCUUCCUGCCUGGAUCGCUAUUCACCAUCGGCGCCGGGUUCUUGUUCAAGCCUAUGCCGUUUGCGCUGGCGAUCGUGCUUCUAGGCGAUGUUUUUGGCGCAAUAGGGUCCUUUCUCUUUGGCCGGUACAUCUUUUAUGACUGGGUCAAGGGCAUGAUGUCCAAGCACCCCAAGUUCCAUGCACUGGACCAAGUCAUUCAGGAUGAUGGCUGGAAAAUUGUCGUGAUGCUGCGACUGACGCCUAUCCCGUUCAACUUGAUCACGUACUUUUUCUCUAUCACCUCCAUAUCCCUCUACACUCUCGUCUGGGCAACUAUUGUCGGCAUCUUCCCAGGUUCCUGCCUCGGUAUCUGGAUCGGAUCCCUCCUCAAGGGGCUCUCAGGCAUCGACAAUCCGGAACUAGAGACCAAGAAUGUUGUCAUCCUGGCCAUGAACGGCGUCUUUAUCGUCUGCUCCAUCCUGACGCUGUCCAUCUUUGGGAAGCGGUCCUUGCGGAAGGCCAUGCGCAAACUCGACAAGCAUCACAGCCAUCUGCAUGAAGACGAGCAUAGAGGUCUUUUGUCGGCACAAGAGAUUGAUAGUGAACAAGGACUGGUGGAUCGGGACAUUGAUGACAACGGCGAUGAUGAUUAUCUGGAGGACGCCCUUCAUGCCGAGGAAACUGAGGAGGAGGAAGAGGGAGUUUCAAGUACUACGGGAUCGGAAGCAACUGUAAUAGCACCGGAAACAGCGCCAUUGGGGCCAAGUGGCUUCACGCGCGGCGAGAAAUGGAUGUUUGUAGGGAUCGCGGCUGCAGCGCUGAUCAAUAUCAGUGUGUGUCUUCCACUCUACUACCACUACGCCAACCAGGAUGACUAGACGCAGGAUAUACGAGAAAUAUCAAAUAAAUGGCCAGCGUUAAGACGCAGACUGCAUAGAUCUAAGAUUCAAGUAUCUGCUCCAGCUGAAGGCCAUGCGGACGAUGCUCCCCAUGAGAACUGCAACUGGAGCUAUCAAUAGACGAACAAAAACAAUGGGCUGGACAUGCAAAUAACAGU